AUGAGGCCAAAUAAAGCGUCAGGAACUCUUCUGAUGCGCGCUUGUAAACAAAUUUCCAGCUGUGAUUUUGACAGCGCGCGCGCCCUGCGCCACCUGCCGGAAUAUCAGAGAACAAAUAUUCACAACAAAAAUAUUCACAGAGCAUGCAAGACGCGAUCAGCUAACACAAAUCUGCGAAUUAAAGGCCAUAAGAUGGGAAAGUUCAAUGAGGAACAGGUGAAUAUUCUGGUGUCGUUCAUGACAGAGCAUCCGGAGCUGCUGCAGAGGCGAGAGUUCUGUCGCAUCGAUAACAAGGAACGUAUCGCCUUGUGGAAGGAUCUGGCGGAGAGGCUGAAUGGCCAUGGGCCACCUCACAAGUCUGUGCUUCAGUGGAGAGGCGCGUGGGCGAAGAAGAAGUUCGAAGUGUCGCGCAUGAAGAAGAGCCACAAAUCGUACUUUGCCGACUAUUAUGCUGAUCUGUACAAUCUGAUUACCAAGGCGAAUGAGAUUUACGGAUCCCGCUCAGGAGGCUCUUCGGAUGACGGAGAGGCGCUGGAUGAUGAUAGUCAAUCUGAGUCGCAUUCGCUGCAGAAGAAACAGAGCAGCAGAAAACGCAAACGACGACGCUCGAGUCCAAAGCAAAAGAAACCAGGAAACCCAGAAACGGAAGAGGUUCUGAAGGAAGAGGAAAUCGAACUUGAAUAUCCUGUGGAUAUUCAAUGGCUGGAGGAGCCGAAACAGUCAAGUGUCGUCAAUGAAACUCUUGAAACGCAAGCAAACCACAAAAGAAGCUCUCGAAAGCUCUCCGCUUCGAGUCUCUCCUCCUCUUCAGACGAUCACCACUGUGUCCAGGUGAAGCAGAGGAAAUCCUGCGUAUCCUGUUCGAAUCAGCCGGAGCACAGCGUUGAUCUCUUCUUCAAGAGUCUGUCGAUGGAAGUGAAGAAUGCGAAUCUGACGCCUGAGAAUCUCUUCACUCUGGAAUGGAACGUCCUGAAGACGGUGUCGGAGAAGAUCAAGGAGUUCACUGGAGGAGCCACAAGUGAAGUUCAACCGUCAGCAAAAGAACCCUGA